AUGGACUCUGCUUCCUCACACUCGUUUGUUACGGUAAGCGCAAGUUCAGUUCUUCGUUGUCCGAUUGUAGAGAGAGAGAUUGAUUUAUCCAUAAAAUCAUUGCAAACUACGAGAGAAUGUAAAUCAAAUAAGGUAUGCGUCACGUUAAAAGCCCGCAAUAGGGAAAUAAAAUUUAAUGCAUUUACUACGGACCAUAUUCUUUCCCUCGAUAGUUUAGAUAUGCCGACGCACGUAAAGCAGCAGUACCGGUUAAAUGAAAACUUUCCGCGUCCGCCGUGCGAAGUCGAUAUCUUAGUAGGAAUCGGCGAAUAUUGGCAAUUAAUUCAGCAAGUAGCGAUCCGCGUUUCAGAUACGUUUGUACUGUUAAAGACACCGUGGGGCCAUGUACCCUGCGGGACGGACUGGACAAAAGAGCCAAAAGAAGAUGAGCCUGUAUGUUUAAUGUCCAGUACCGAAAGGAUCGCGAAAGCAUUAGAAAUGAUGUGGAAGCUGGAAGAGCUCCCAUUUGAUAAUUCCUCUCAUGAAUUAACGAGAGACGAGGUAAGGGCGGUAGACAUGAUAGAAAACUUGCUGACCCUAGAUGAAGAAACGUCAAGAUUUCGAACCGGUUUGCUCUGGAAAGAACAUCCAGACCUACGAAAUAACUACCGAGGAGUUAAAACCAGAUUAGAUGCAAGAAUCAAGCAGCUGGAAGAAAACCCGGAGUUAGGUAAAGCAUAUCGAAAAUCGAUGCAAGAGUUCUUUAGCUCAGGCGUAGUUGAAAAGGUGAUAGAUAGACAACCGGAAAACAAACGAGGUGUUUAUUAUCUUCCCCAUCGAGCCGUUUACGACACGACUCGAGUAACAACAAAAUGUAGGAUAGUAUUUGAUGCAUCUGCCAAAACAUCCACGGGAAAAUCCUUAAACAACUGCCUGUACGCAGGUCCACCAUUGCAAUUAAAUAUUGUAGCAAUAGAGCUCAGAUUUCGUAUGCGAAAGUAUGCUUUAGUUGGGGAUAUAAGUAAAAUGUUUCUCAACAUCGACAUACGAGAAGAAGAUCGAGACUUUCUCAGGUUCCUCUGGCCCAGCGAGAUGGGAAAAGAUUACCCCCAGACAUAUUUCGAUUUACGACCCUUAUUUUCGGAGCUACAGAUUCUCCAUUUCAAGCGCUCACUUGCCUGCAGAAGAUAAUUCAAAGGAAGGUAGAAGACGCCAACUGUACGCCGUUAGAAAAAAGGGUGUGUGAGGUGAUAAAAAAUAAUACCUAUGUAGACGACGUAACCACUGGGGGAGCAACCAGGGGGGAGACCAUAGAAUUAUAUAAUGGAAUAAAAAACGUGCUAAAGGCGGGGCAUUUCUUUGUCAGAAAAUGGGCGACGAAUGACCCUGAGAUAUUGAAGGAGAUACCGGCGGAUGAAAGAGCUCCGACCGAAGCGCUUUACUCGCGCUCCCCAACGCCCGACGAGAUAAGCGCGGAAACAUCGACGCUAGGAGUCAGAUGGCACCCGGGGAAAGAUAUCAUCCUCUUUAACCAACACGGAAGACUAAGUGAGGAAAACAAGAACACCAAAACAAGCGUAGCGAGCCUACUGGCCAAGCUUUAUGACCCCUUAGGUCUAAUUUCCCCAUUUGUCUUACUAGCACGAAAAGUGAUGAAAACGACGUUCCAGCUAAAAUUAGACUGGAAAGAUAAAUUGGAAGGAGAAAUCCUAUCCGAUUGGGAAGCGUGGGUUGAACAGAUACAGCAAUUAGAAGAGCUCGAAUUUCCCCGUUUUGUAGAAAAUUCCUCCGAGUCAGAAUACCAUGUGUUCGGAGAUGCAAGUUCAAAGACGGGUUUCGGCGCGGUAACGUACGUUCGAACAUACAACGCAGCCAAGAAUAAAUACGAAGCUCAACUAUUGAUGGCCCGAGCAAAGGUGGCACCCAUGAAAGAAAUAAGCAUUCCCAACCUGGAGCUAAAAGCCGCGUUAUUAGUAAGUGAAAUGGCAACCUUUCUGAUGACCGAGCUCCAAAUCAGCAAAGAUCAAAUCUACUGUUGGUCCGACAAUGAGGUAACGUUAUGGUGGUUGACCAAGAAUCCAAACCACCUCGUCCCAUUUGUUGCCAACCGGGUUGAGAAAAUACAAAACAUCAAAAUACCAUUCCAAUACAUCUCGACCAAAGAAAACCCUGCGGACAUUGCCAGCAGAGGUUGUUUAGUAGAAGGUCUUAAAGAUGACCUGUGGCUGAAAGGCCCCGCAUUUCUGUCUCUACCACGAUGGGAGUGGAAACACCCAAAGGUCGAUUUCAGCAAAGUCGAUCCAAAAGAGGGAUUAAGGAAACAGCAUGUGUUCCUCUACAUCUCUCUCACUCGCCCGAUGAACAAUGCGAGGGGGGAGCGAGUCGAUUUGGAAGAUUACUUUUCUUCAUACGACGGGUUGUUGAAGCACACCGCAACACUAUAUUUGUGCGUGGAGAGAUGGAGAAUGAAAAAAGAAGAAAGACAGAUGACCGCACCGGAGCUGAAAGAUGCACACCGCGCUAAAGCCUGGCGGCACUGGAUAAGGGCAGCACAAGAUAAACAUUAUGCGAAGGAGCUCAUGCUGUUAAAUAAACGACAGACAAUAAAAGAGGGGAAGAGACUAGGCAAUCUCAGCCCUUUCAUUGAUGAGGAAGGAUUAAUGAGGGUAGGCGGACGAUUACAAGACUCUGCCUUGCCCCACACACAAAAGCAUCCAAUAAUCCUUCCCAAAGAGCAUCCUAUCAGCAAAAUGCUAGCCCAAAAGAUACAUGAACAAAACCAACACGCGGGCAUUGACUGGAUCCAUUACCAUCUAAGACAAAAAUACUGGAUAAUCGCCGGUCGACAAUUAGCAAGAUCGGUGGUACACCAAUGUCAUGCCUGCAAGAAACAAAAUGCCCGACGAGCGACUCAACUGAUGGCAAAUCUACCAAAGGGGAGAGUAACUCAAGAGCUCCCCUUCUCACACGUGGGAGUAGACUACACAGCAGCCAUACAACUGAAACCACAUCUCAGAUCGAAGAGUACCGCAACAAUUCCGGGAUACAUCGUCAUUUUUACCUGCCUCACCACGAGAGCAAUUCACGUGGAAGUGGUUUUAUCCAAUCACACAGAGGAGUUCCUAAUGGCGUUCAAACGCAUGGUGAACACGAGAGGAAUGCCCAAGUGCAUGUACUCCGACAACGCCAAGACGUUUAAGAGGGCGGAGAAAGAAAUUUUGGAGACCCUCGAACACAACAACAAAGCAAUGACCAUUUUGACCGAAAGGUACGAAUUCCAAUGGAGAUACUCGACAGAGUUAGCCCCACACACAGGUGGUAUUUGGGAAAGAAUGGUCAAGGCCGUAAAAGCGCCUUUGAUGAAGGUGGUACAAAACGCCCUUCUCACAUACAUCGAGAUGUUAACAGUGUGCAAAGAGAUCGAAGGACAAGUCAAUGAUCGGCCACUGCACGAGGAAUCAACAGACUCGUUUGGCGUUAUAACCCCUUCACUCCUGGUACUCGGGAGAAAACUAAGGCCAUGGCCAGAUAGAUUCGACAAGACGGAUCUACAGCAACACGCCGACCUCAGGGAGAGAUGGAAGCAUCGAAAGGCCAUCGUGAACCAGUUUUGGAGGACGUGGUCCAAUCGAUAUCUCACCUCACAACAACAACGAAAUAAAUGGCAAGAAGACAAGCCCGAUGUUAAACAAGGAGAGUUGGUGUUGUUGGAAAAGGAAAAGAUGAAGCGCAACCAAUGGCCAGUCGCCAGGAUUCAAGAAGUCAAAAUGGGGCGGGACAACAAAAUUCGUUCCGUCAUACUGGCACUUCCGCCGCGUGACGCGGAUGGGAAAAUAAAGAAAGGAGCGCCGUUGCUCAUCACGAGGAGUAUCCACAAUAUAUUCCCGUUGGAAGCAACUAGGGAUGGGGAAAAAAUUCCCCCCCUCCAAAAUUCAGGCCAACAACUAUAA